CCCCCUAAAGCCUAGACGGCAGAAAAGGUAACUGGGGGGACAAAGCGACAAAGACGGUCUGGGUCAGGUCUCCUCUCCCCCAGCUUCAAGACUCAACGCAGCUUCCCAGAAUCCCCCCGAGCCCCGGCCCGAGCCCACCUGGCCUGGGGCGAGACGCAGCUACUGGGAGGCGGGCAAGGGGGACCCCCAACUAGGCCGCGCUUCCGGCCGCCAUCCCAGUCGCCAUAGCAACAGGCGCAGGGAGGCUUGGGAGCUGUUGAAGCUCCUGAACUACUUAAGGAUUCAGGUGUUGCAAGGCGGUAAGUUUCGCAGCCAGUGUCCAUGGGGCCGGAGCUAGAUUGGGGUAGAGGCCUGGGCUUGGGAGUGCAGCUAACCCAGAAAGAGCUGAGAAACGAGAGCAGAAAGCCAUGCGGGUGCAUUGUGGUCCUCAGAGGCUUCCGUACUCUACGGCGGCUCUGGCUCCCGUAGGCCCCGCCCCCUCUUGCCCACCCGGAAGCAGCCUCGCCCCGCCCAGUGGGCCCCGCCCGCCCGCCUGCCCGCCCGCCCGCCCGCCGCAGCCAGACGUGCGCUCCUCCAGCAGCAGUUCCACGUCGUGCCGAUGGCCCACUACGAGGAGGUGAGUGUGUCCGGCUUCGAGGAGUUCAACCGGGCCGUGGAACAGCACAAUGGCAAGACCAUUUUCGCCUACUUUACGGGUUCUAAGGACGCCGGAGGGAAAAGCUGGUGCCCCGACUGCGUGCAGGCUGAACCAGUCGUACGAGAGGGGCUGAAGCACGUUAGUGAAGGAUGUGUGUUCAUCUACUGCCAAGUAGGAGACAAGCCUUAUUGGAAAGAUCCAAAUAAUGACUUCAGAAAAAACUUGAAAGUAACAGCAGUGCCUACACUACUUAAGUAUGGAACACCUCAAAAACUGGUAGAAUCUGAGUGUCUUCAGGCCAACCUCGUGGAAAUGUUGUUCUCUGAAGAUUAAGAUUUUAUGAUGGCAAUCAUGUCUUGAUUUCCUGAUUUUAGUAUCAAUAAACUGUAUACUUGCUUUGAAUUCAUAUUAGCAAUAAAUGUUUAAAAAAAAAAAAAACUGG